AAUGUUAUUUAAUUUGUUAUUUGUUAUAUUGUUGUAUAACUCUCGCUCGCUUUAUGACAUCAAAUAAAAGGUAAGCACAACUUCAUACCUCAGCACUCGAGUUAGUAGCGCCACAAGCAUUGAGCCACCUUCACAUCUCUUGACCCAAGCAGCAGUUGACCCAAUUUUGAGUCAAGACAAAGUUUCUUAAUAUGAUUAAAUGUUUUCCUUAAUAGCUUCUGUGCUUCGAACAUGCCAUUGACAUUGCCUUUGUCAAAGUAACAAUUAAUUUCUAUCAAUUAAUAAAUUAUUGAAACUAUGUCAAAUUAACUAUCCAGCUGCCAUAGAGGAGUCAAACGGAAAUGUGGUUGGCUACAUCUUUUGGCUAGUAAAUAUGAAAGCAGUGCAAUUUGGGAACUUCAGUAGGCAUGACGUACGGUCUAGAGGGUGGUCUGCGAGUUGGCCUAUUGAAGUUGGCCCUUUGGCUGUGACGAGUUCGCGAGUUUGCUGAGCCAACUAGGCAGCCUUUCGAUAAAUGUAGAAUACGGAAAAAAGAACAUAAACACUUAAUUAAAAGCAAUUUUAGUGUAAAUUGAACAACACUGCAAUACUCUUCCAAGUGCAGGUAUGGCCAUGACAGAUUCGUCUGUCACAUUUUUAUCGAGUCUAUCGAGAGAAGUCAAUUAAACUUUCUGUGCGUAGAAGCCAAUUUGUCAAAAUCUUGAAUGCAAACGCGUUUCAUUCCCUCUUUUACACCAUGAACCACGUCCGAUUAGAGACUAGAGAUGGUUUCCUUAUACGCAUCGACUUCGAGGUGCUGCGUCGCUCGAAGGUCGUUCAGGAUAUGUGUCAGAACAGCUCGGCCGAUGGCACACACCAGGAGCUGAUACUGCCGCUACACGGCAUCGAUCACGAGGUCCUGCUCAAAAUUCUGCUCUGGAUGGAGUACCACAUGGCCGACGAGGAGCCCAUCUGGGUACAAAAUAAAACGGAGCCCGUCGACAUCGAACGCCACAUCGACGACUGGGACAAGGAGUUCCUCCGCGAGAAGCUGGCCACCGUGCGGGCCAUAAUGAAGGGCGCCGACUACCUCAACUUACCCUGGCUGGUAAAGCUCUGUGCUCGCAAGCUGCGCAUCCGCGGAUCUGCCGAACUCUAUCUGCGCACUCUGGGUAACAUAGCACCCAUCGAUUAGUCCACAUAGUCUGUAC